CCUGUAUUUAAACAAUACAUAUCUCUCCCAUCAGCUGCUGCACUCUGCUUUGUAUGGCUCUGCAUAGCAGAGCCAUAGAAAGCAGUGGGCUUACAGUGAAACAGACACACAGCACACAGCCCACAUAGUAAAACAGCACACAGUUAACCCUUUGAUCGCCCCACAUGUUAACCCCUUCCUGCCCAGUGCCAUUAGUACAGUGUCAGUGCUUUUUAUUAGCACUGAUCACUGUAUUAGUGUCAAUGGGGAUGUCAGUGACACCAUGUCAGUUCCCCCCAGUGUCAGAAUGCCCGCCGCAGUCCCGCUGU